UGUGCGAAAUGCACACGGUCGAUUAUUUUGAAACCUUAGUGUUAUAAUAUUACAUUUACAACAAAAGCCUAAACCAUGACGUGAAUACUUUCGAUAAAUUAAAUUAAGCUCCUCCGCUUAUAAAUCAGUAUUUUUCUAUGUAUAAGUGAAGUAAAAUCGUGAAUAUGAUGAAUUACAAGUAUUUGAGCAAAGACCACUUGGAGGGUUUCGAUAAUUAUAAGUAUAUGGCCAUAGACACAAGCCCCCUCAGUGUCUACGUUAUGCACCCGUUUUGGAACAAAGUGGUUGAGUUGGUACCCCGCUGGGUGGCCCCAAACCUGCUCACGUUCCUGGGGUUCCUUCUCACCGUGCUCGACUUCGUUCUUCUCUCGUGGUACGACUACUCGUACACGGCCGCCAGCGCCAGGAACGAGACCAUAGUGGAGUUGGGCGAGCGGCCUGAGGUCAUACCGCAGACGCUGUGGUACUUCUUAGCUGUGUUCCUGUUCCUUGCUUAUACGCUAGACGGUAUCGACGGCAAGCAGGCGCGCCGCACGCAGACCUCGGGCCCGCUGGGUGAGCUGUUCGACCACGGGCUGGACUCCUACUCGGUAUUCUUCAUCCCGGCCUGCCUCUACUCCAUCUUUGGCUGUAUGGACUACUCUGUUAAGCCUAUCAGAAUGUACUACAUAAUGUGGAACAUCCUCCUCAACUUCUACCUGAGCCACUGGGAGAAGUACAACACGGGCGUGCUGUUCCUGCCGUGGGGAUACGACUUCAGCAUGUGGGCGUCAACAAUAUUUUUCCUGUGGACCGGACACGCGGGCACGGCGUGGUACAAGCGCUACCUAGUGGGCGGGUACACACUCGCUGAUGGCUUCGAGUGGCUGGUAUACGCCACCGGUGUCUUCACCAACCUACCCGUGGCGGUCUACAACACGUAUCAAUCAUAUAAGCUCCGGACAGGCAAGAUGCGCUCAUUCACCGAAGCUCUCCGGCCACUCUGGUCCCUCCUGACAGUAUUCACAGUGUGCAGCGUGUGGGUGCACUACUCACAACGGCUGCCGGACCACGACCCCAGGAUGCUGUUCCUGCUCAUCGGGACGCUGUUCAGCAAUGUUGCUUGUCGCCUAAUAGUCAGUCAGAUGUCCAACCAGCGCUGCGACGCCGUCAACUGGCUUCUAUAUCCACUGGCGUUGUGCGCCGCAGUGGGGCUCAUGUCACCACAACACGAGCUGACUGCGUUCUACGGCGUCACUGUGCUGGCUGUGUUGGCGCACAUACAUUAUGGAGCGUGUGUGGUGCAGCAGAUGUGCGCGCACUUCCGAAUAAACUGCUUCCAUAUAAAGAAGCGCGACGAUUGACUCUUAGACGACAAUGCGUGUUAGUAACAACAUCACACAACACACAUACAUAUCCAUUACAACACUCGAACACAGCUCCAACUGCUCAGUAUCAGUAAAGGGAUAGUGACUGAGGUGAUAGUAGCUUACGUGUUAGUUUUCACCAUAUUGUUAAAAAAAGGACUUUAUGAUAUUUCAACCAUUGCCGAUUUGAGUACAGUUUUCGUUAUUUCCAAAAAAACAAUAUAUUCCAAUUAAUCCAGCUUUGAUAAUUAUUUUGUAAGACAAGCCACAUGUCCCGAAAGUGUAAUUUAUUUUGAACCUAAAAUCGGAACGCUAAAGUUGAAAUUCUAUUGAUGGGUAUGUGGUCGAUAGAUCGUAUCUUUGCCUGGAAAAGGGUUAACUGAUACGCCUACGAGGAUUCUUAGAUAGGUUUUAACUCACUAGAUGGAUUAUAUUGGUAUAUUUAGAGUUAUUUUAAGAAUAGUUUUCACACUUGAGCUACAAUCGCAAUCAGUGUGUACACGUUGGAGUAUCUGUAUUAUGUUGUUAAUUAUGCAUAUGUUGUUCUGAUGUUAUGUUACGUGAAGAUUAUGCACAGUGCUCUUCAAAAACGAGUCAAACAGUACACGGACUGCUAAUAAUACGCUGAAAUGUACUUCAUAUCAUACUGUUUAUUUACCCUAAUUCGGUACUACAUGCAGUCAUAAGUGGCUAAGCGAGCUAGGUGGUCAAAUUUAUCAAAACAUGCUCUUAUUCUGUUAAAAAUAAAGUUGUGUUUAGAUAUUUAUCAACACCUCAUCCGCUUAGCUACUUCUGAUGCUGACUGUAUAUUUUAAAACAAUCAUGAUACAUUUUACGAACUUUUUCUUGUGCAUAUAUUUUCUUAGUGUUUGUAACGCGCAUUGUCUAUUUUUGUUUUAUAUUGCUUUUUAUAGCUUGUGUUUUACAGUAAUCUUCUUAUACAUUUUUAUUUAACAUUAAAUUAUUUAAUUUAAGCAAUGUUUAUUGUACGGUUGAGAUCUAAAGUGUAAUCAAAUAAGUAAUGAACUUGACUGUACUAAAACAUAAUUCUUCUUAGUUUUAUCUUAGUACGUGUUUUAAUAUUUUAUUCAUAGACCCAGGGCCUAUUGCAUAAUAACUAUUAAUAGCAUUAGCUUGUAUUUUAUUAUGCAAUAAUACUAUAAUAGUAUUUGCUUGUAUUUUAUUAUGCAAUAUGCCCCCAAUUGUAACAUUUAGUAUUAUGUUGAAGAUCUAACAGUGUAUUAACCCUUGAAUUAAGCCAGCUUCAAGUCAUUAUUAUUAAGUUUGGGAGCUAUUCAUACAUAGUAUUGACAUUUGGAAAGAUAAAUAUAUACUAAUUACUAAUAAUUCGAUCGCCGAUUUUAUAAGGCCUAAUUUAAAUGAUAUACGAACGUUUGAGGCAAAUAUAAGGCAUAGAUUCAGUGUAAUUUUAGAUUUGACAGACGUUAAUGCUUCUAUAGAGAGUAUACACUAUACAGUAACAAAUAUUACAUGAACACCCCUCCAAUAUAAGUUUACAUCCUCAGUCGAUUAUAGUCGCACCAAUAAAAGUCUGCAGCGGAUUUGAUAGCCCACGCAGUGUAAGUGUUAUGUAU